AUGGCCCCGGUGGAGUGGCUUUGCGAGCUGUGCACGGAGAUCUUGUUGGACCCAGUGACACUGCCCUGCUGUGGUGAGUCCUUUUGCCAAGAGUGUUUGCGUCAAUGGACCAUUACCAAGCUGGAGGAUGGUGCCCAACGGCCGCGCUGCCCAGCUGGCUGUGGGAAGAAGAUCGACUAUCGCUUGCCACAGACGUCCAAGGUCUUGAGGCAACUCUUGGAGUCCAGUCACUCCGCUGAGAUCGCAGAGCGCCGUGGGGAGGCUGAGGACGUCACUCCGCUGCUGGGAGGCUUUGAGGCCUGGCAAGAGGUGGCCGCAGCGAGAGACAUUGUGGUCGGAGACCAGGUCUACGUGUCUUUCGGGACAAGUGGCGUUGUACUGUGCAAUCAUGAGACAACUCAUGUCAAGGUGAAGUUCGACUCAGUCCUACACGGCACCGGCACGCUGAACGUCUUUCCGGCACAGCUGAUGCCACAGCUGCCCAGGAGCCGCAGCGCCUGCGGCAGCGAGCAACGGGCCUUGCAGAUCGGCGAAGCCGUGGUGGCAGCGUUGAAUCUCACAACCGGAGAGCCUCCAGUCGUGGCGGUGCCCUUUGGGACUCCUGGGACGAUUGUGGGAGCCGCUGUGGAGGGUCGGAUCGAGGUGCUCUUCACCAGCAGUUCUGGGCCAAAGCGCUUGAACGUUCAAAGGUUCGAGAUCGAAACCGCUGGCGAGCUGUUAGGAGGAUUCCGGAUGGCUCAACAAGUGAAGGCUUGUCGUGACAUCUAUGCAGAAGCCAUCCUUUUGGUGGAGUCUGGGACCCUGGGCCAAGUCCUGGGCGAGUACAGCGACACGCGCCUCGUCGUCCGCUUUGAGCGCCGCAUGGACGGCUCGGAGCAGGCGGUGAACCUGGGCCCCGGCGAGAUUGAGUUUGACCGCAAAGCCAUGCAGCAACGCGCUAUGACUUGUGCGGCGAUCAGCGGCGUGUGCGCGGCGGGUUCAGCCUUGGUGACUCAGCCCUUCGAUGUGGUGAAGACGAGGAUGCAGAUCCACUGCAUGGUCACCUCUGACGCCAAGAGUGGCUAUCGUUACUUCAAGGUGGCCCGUGUGGGCAAGACCUUCCGGGAGACCAUGGCGAUGGCAGGCUGGCGAGGCCUUUGGGUGGGUUCCAUGGCCCGGGUCGUCCAGAUGGGCCUCUCGGGGCUUUUGAUCGGCCCGCUCUUCGAGUAUGCUGAGCUUUUAAGCAAUGAUGCAGACAGGCCUUUGCGACAUCCACUGAUCUUGGGAGAGGACCCUGGGCGGACCAUUGUGCACCCACGAUCGACCAGGGACAUGUUCAUUGAAGUGAAGACAGGCUGA